AUGACAGAGAGAGCAGAGACAACAGCAGCACGAAACGGGACAGUGUACUCUUAUUUGAGCUAAGUCAAUUAAAUAAUGGAUUUUUUACUUUCAUGUGGUGAUAAUAUUAUUCAAAGCUUUCUGUGUCUUUAUAAGUAAAUUGUGUUUUCAUCUACCGUUGGAGUCUCAUGCAACUAGCUAUGCAUUAUCCGUAACCAUACAUCCUACGCUGAGCCGGAAAAGACGCAACGCAAAUUCUGCAAAACAUAAGCUAAGUGACGGACUUAAAAGUAAAAGUUAUUUUGGAUACUCGGCUUGAAACGGACUGGUGACUUUGACUGGAAGUCUCCUGCGUGAUGAAAUGAUGAAACCUGCAACUUCAGCUUGAUCUUCAUUUGGAUUGAAUCCUUUCAUCUGGACUAACACCUUCAUGAGGACAAUACUCAAAACAAGAACUUGUACAGCCUGGGGUGUUCUGCGAAACUGCAAAAUCAGCUUUCUUUGAACCAUUUGCAGCCAUCAGUGGAUCUACAGGAAAUAAAGGAAUAUUCUGUCCCAUUAGUUUGAAACUGCUAAUUCUUUGCAGACCAACAGCAGAAUAAAUUAAAGUCUUCCAGCAGUUCAUAAGAGCCGAAAUAGAAGGAUCUUCAGUUCUCAUGAUAGAAUAAGAGACUAUAAAGAAAAUAAUAUGCAGUGAUUUAAGGGCUAAAGGAAUAUUUUUAUAACUCAAAUUCAAACGCAAAGGUUAAAAGCUUCCUCGUUUAUUCUGUGGCAUUUAACUUUCUGUGCACGUCAACGUACUGCUCAAAAAAACAUUAGAAACAGUCACUGUAUUUUUAGUCAUGAAUUACUGCUCACAUUUAUUAGCCAUGACCUUCACAAAGGCAAAGCAAAUCACUAAUAUCUGCAACUAACAAACUAAAUGACUUUUUUACCCAAGAUGUUUCCAUGGAUUAAUUGAUCCUUAAUGCUAAGAAUCAUGCAUAGAUGAUAUGAAGUGCUGGUGAACCAUGCAACAUGGAUCUGGUGAACAGCUCAUAUGAGUUCUUCCUCGUCAAUGCCACAAUCAGUCCCACAACACUGGAGCCCUGGGAUGAAGCUACACUCCUCAGUCUUCAGAUCUCCAUCUCUGCCAUGCUAGCCAUCGUCACUUUGGCCACCGCUCUGUCCAACGCUUUUGUGAUCGCCACCAUUUUCCUCACACGCAAACUUCACACCCCUGCCAACUUCUUGAUUGGCUCUCUCGCAGCGACAGACCUCCUGGUGUCCAUUUUAGUCAUGCCAAUCAGCAUUGUGUACACGGUCAGUAAGACUUGGACCCUUGGUCAGAUUGUGUGUGAUAUCUGGCUAUCAUCUGACAUAACGUUCUGUACGGCUUCCAUUCUGCACCUGUGCGUUAUCGCGCUUGACCGAUACUGGGCCAUUACUGAUGCCCUGGAAUACUCGAAGCGUCGCACCAUGCGGCGAGCGGCACUGAUGAUCGCCGUAGUGUGGGUAAUCUCGGUUUCCAUCUCCUUGCCUCCUCUCUUCUGGCGGCAGGCAAAGGCCCACGAGGAGCUCACGGAGUGCAUGGUCAACACCGACCAGAUCUCCUACACGCUCUAUUCCACAUUCGGCGCGUUUUAUGUUCCCACAGUCCUCUUGAUGAUUCUCUACGGGCGUAUCUAUGUGGCGGCUCGCUCCAGGAUCUUCAAAACACCGGCGACCAGUGGAAAACGGUUCACCGCUGCUCAGCUCAUCCAGAACUCGACGGGUUCUUCGCUCUGCUCCCUGAACUCCACUUCUAAUCAGGAUGGACAGCUUCAUCCUGGAGGAGGAGGAGGUGGUGGAGGUGGGGGAGGAGGGUCUCCUCUUUUCACGAACAGUGUCAAAGUGAAGCUGGCUGAUAGCGUGCUGGAAAGAAAGCGUCUUUGUGCCGCUCGGGAGAAGAAGGCCACCAAGACUCUUGGGAUUAUCCUGGGUGCGUUUAUAGUGUGCUGGCUCCCAUUCUUCGUGUUCACGCUGGUGAUGGGGGUCUGUAAAGACUGCUGGUUUCAUCCUGUACUCUUUGAUGUGUUCACCUGGCUGGGGUACCUCAACUCGCUCAUCAAUCCAGUCAUCUACACUGCCUUCAAUGAUGACUUCAAACAAGCCUUCCACAAACUCACCAAGUUUAAAAGAUGCUACUGAUGUUACACGCCUCCCAUGUGCUUUGACAGAUUCAUGACUUAGGUUUAAGAGGGUUUCUGCAGAAAAUAUCUGAAUCCUGUGAACAUUCAUCGUUCAUCUGCUGUUGAGGACCCAACGUACCUUACCGUUCGUUUUUCAGUGAGCUCCUAAAUGCACACGUAGUGUCUGGUCGAUGUAUAUUACUGUUCUCAUGAGACAGCUUGUAAAAUAUUGUGCCAUAUUGUUGAUGCUUCCUCGUAGUUUAUGAAUGCAUGCAAAGAUUAUGGAUCCUUCGCUAGAGAGCAACGUUCUACUGUCUCUGUAACUAAUAGCUGUCUAUAAACUGCCUUAUUUACCAGAAACAGACUGAUAUUAAUAUCAAAGGCUAUUUAUUUAAAAAGAACACAAAUAAAUAAAGGCUGUUGUUCCCAAAGGAACGAAUAUAUGGGUCCCCUGAGGACAAAGCUGAAGUCCAUGGACAUUAGCAUAGACUCCCGAAAUAAAACUGUUCAUUAUAGAAGAUUAAACAAAGCUUUAGGUUUUUGUAUUUUUGAGUGACAGGACUUUGGUGUUAGUUUCCUCUUUAAUUUUGA